AUGAAUUUUGAUGAUUUGCUUGGAAAGCAGCGUAAAUCAGAACCUAGGGUGGUUCUUUUAUUGCGUAUAUUUGCGUUACUUAUCAUCUCAUCAUGCUUAAUAUCAUAUAUCACAAUUUUAAUCAUUGAUGUAAAUGAUGAAAUUCCUGCGAUUAAAACCUCGGAAGUUCCCGUGGAUUCGAUUGCAAUUCCCGAUUUCGCUUUUUCAUUUGGAUUUUCCUUUAAAAUUGUGUGUUCUUUUAGUUGGGUUAAUAAUGAUGAUUCAUGUAUGCGAUACAUAAUUACUCCAAAGUAUAUUCAAGGAUUGUAUAGAGGAAGUUUUUCUUUAAAUGAUCAAUCAUAUUUAUUUACUUCCCCGAAACAAGAUGAAUGGUUAGAUACUUUGGCAUUUGUAUUUGUUGCUGACGAUCCAAGUUUCAAUGCUUCUAUGAUUUCCGUUUCACCUCCUUACAUGCCACCUUACAUACAAAUUUUUGAUCCGGACAAUAAUCCUAUUAAACAAUUCGAUGGUACGUUAGAUUUAUCAAAGUUAAAUUCUACUUCUCGAACGACAAAUAACGAACGAGAGAUAUUAUAUAAAAAUUGUAUUAUCCCAAAUUGGAAAAAGAAUUUUGGAGUGUUUUUAGAUUAUAAAGUAUCUACUUAUAUUAAAACAAAGUUGGAUCAGGAAUAUUCGGUUAAUGAAAGUGAAUCUUAUCAAGCAGAGACCAAAAUGGGUGAAACUUCUUCAAGUGUAUCACUAAAACAGAUUGACAUUCAACCUGUUUAA